ACGCGAGCUGCACUCUCGUUGCCCUUGCCCAUACACACAUGACGACAGCCGCCGCCCUCGUGACGCUCGGCCUCGCCUUCACGGCGCCCGCCAGCCGCCUCGCGCCGCCGCGCGUCUCGUCUGCUCGGAUGAUGUGCGCCGCGGUCAUGCCUGAGACGCCGCCGGCUCUCGAGUCCGACUGCGGCUUUGACCACGUGCCUCUCUCGAUCGCGCUGCAGUCCGGCGACUUUCUGGAGGCGGACCAGAUCACCCGCGACGCGCUCAUCAAACUCGCGGGCGACUCCGCCGUCUCGCGCGGGUACGUCUACUUUGCAGAGGUGCCAAACCUGCCCGAGGCCGACCUCGCCACGAUCGAGCGGCUGUGGCUGGCGUACAGCGGGGGCAAGUUCGGCUACUCGGUGCAGGUCAAGGCGCUGCAGAGCAAAAAGGUCAACAACAACCUCGAGAAGCUCUUCGACAAGAUUGGCUGGAGGAACGAGAAGGGGCAGCUGCUGCGCUGGCUGCCCGAGAAGGCGAACAACGAGUUCAUCUACGAGCUCGACGCCGCGCCCGAGGGCCACCUGCCGCUCACAAACACGCUGCGUGGCCAGCAGCUGAUCACAGCGCUCUUCAAGCACCCCGUAUGGGCGCGCGACGAGUUCCAGUGAGGGCGGCGGCGCAGGGCCGGGGCGAGGGGCACGCACGAGGCAGCAGGGGGCGCGUACUCCGGGAGGCGCCCGAGGCGGAGGCGCGUGGCGGCAGGCGAGGCGGCAGGCGAGGCGGCAGGCGAGGCGGCGGCAGCGUGCGUCCCCCGUGGGCGGGAGGCGCACCCCUCGCAUUGCUCGGAGCGCGUGCAGCGGCCGCUCCUUGAGACAUGGACCACUACUACGGGCGCCGCAGCGGGAUCCGCUGCUCCUCUCGUUUGCCGCGUUGGGUUUGUGCGUGUUCGCUCGUCGUGCUCGCUCUGGUUCGGGCAGUGACCGUGUAUCGCGUCUCGACGUAAAGAAAAAAACAACUGUUUUUUCAAAGGC